AGCCCCGCGCAGCCAAGGGGCGGUGCCGGCCACGGUCCGGCUUUCCGCGCCAAAUUUUUAAAUCGAAGGCGGAAGGUCCGGACCCGCCCCUGGCGCCGCUAACCAAUCGCAGACCCGCGUCCAGCUCUCUGAUUGGUUAGGAAUCGUUGCCCUGGGAACCGCGAAGAUGCUGUCCGGGAACUGCAGGGCUGGUGGCGCGCGGACUGGGCCCGGGGGGAGGGGUAGUUGGCGGAGCCGAGGGGGAAGUGCGCGGGGCGCGGAGCGGGUGGCGGCAGGGGGACUGUACCUGGUUGCUUUACUGAACAAAUGCAGCCUCCUUGGUGAGAUCCAACAUCGUGGCGUGAACCGGCCACCAGAAUUGAGAGUACACAGCACUUUGCAUCUUUAAGGAUGUCUUAAAAAAAGGAAAAGUCUUAAUCAUAAGGCGCUUUUAAAUACCCAGAGUACUUUUUGGAGCUUAAGAACUGAAUUUGGAAGUUUCCUAUCAAGCUAUUUCCCAAGACUUUACUGCUAACCCUGUGCACGUGUGUGUCAGGGGAAAAAUUCAGGCAUCUAGAUGCAGACUUUUGUCGAGAUGCUUGGGGUCGCGUCGGCUCAGCCGGAACCAGGGCUGGGGCGCUGAGUCCCGCGCCCUGACCUGUGAACAGGAAAAUAAACUUUUUAAUAGAAUUGAUUGGACUACUUAAACCAUCAGGGUGUUGGGAGAAACUCCAGAUUUUUCAUUUUUAAAGAAACUCUAAAUGUAUGAAAAAUUUACAGAAUGGAGAAUGAAAAGGAAAAUCUCUUUUUUGAGCCACAUAGAAGAGGACUCCUGAAAACACCUCUGAAGGAAUCCACUGCAGCAAAUAUACUGUUGACGGAGAUCCAGCCUGACUUCGGCCCUCUGACCACACCCACCAAGCCCAAGGAAAUCUCCCAGGGAGAACCGUGGACGCCCACAGCCAACCUGAAAAUGCUCAUCAGUGCCGUGAGCCCAGAGAUCCGAAACAGAGAUCAGAAAAGAGGGUUGUUUGACAGCAGAAAUGGAUUACCUGAGGCCAAAGAUUGUUUACAUGAACACUUAUCUGGAGACGAAUAUGAGAAAUCCCAACCAAGUCGAAAAGAGAAAAGUUUAGGAUUGCUGUGUCAUAAGUUCUUAGCACGCUAUCCUAACUAUCCCAACCCCGCUGUGAAUAAUGACAUCUGUCUUGACGAAGUCGCCGAGGAACUGAAUGUUGAGCGGCGACGCAUUUACGAUAUUGUGAAUGUCCUAGAGAGUUUACACAUGGUGAGCCGCCUUGCCAAAAACAGGUACACUUGGCACGGGAGACAUAAUCUCAACAAAACCCUCGGGACUCUGAAAAGCGUCGGGGAGGAGAACAAGUAUGCUGAACAAAUCACGAUGAUCAAAAAGAAGGAAUAUGAGCAAGAGUUUGACUUCGGUAAGACUUACAGCAUAGAGGAUCAUAUCAUCAAAUCGAACACGGGCCAGAACGGACACCCAGACAUGUGUUUCGUCGAACUCCCUGGAGUGGAAUUUCGGGCAGCUUCUGUAAACAGCCGCAAAGAUAAGUCUUUAAGAGUGAUGAGCCAGAAAUUUGUGAUGCUGUUUUUGGUGUCAACGCCUCAGAUAGUCAGCCUAGAAAUCGCGGCCAAGAUUUUAAUUGGGGAAGACCACGUGGAAGAUCUGGAUAGAAGCAAGUUUAAAACAAAAAUUAGGAGGUUGUAUGAUAUAGCUAAUGUUCUGAGUAGCCUGAAUCUUAUCAAGAAAGUUCAUGUUACAGAAGAAAGAGGCCGAAAACCAGCUUUUAAAUGGACAGGCCCAGAAAUCAGCCCAAGUCCCAGUGGUCGUGGCCCUGUCCUUCCUCUCCCCCGCUCAGAUCUGGAAGCAAAGCGUCCUUCGAAAGACAACUGUGCCAAAAACCUCUUCUCCACGCGUGGGAAACCAAACUUCACUCGACACCCAUCUCUUAUCAAACUGGUAAAGAGCAUAGAAAGUGACCGGAGGAAGAUAAAUUCUGCCCCCAGCAGCCCCAUCAAGACCAGCAAAGCUGAGAGUUCUCAGAAUUCGGCACCCUUCCCAAGUAAAAUGGCUCAGCUCGCAGCUAUUUGCAAAAUGCAGUUAGAAGAACAAUCAAGUGAACCCAGAAAGAAAGGGAAGGUACAGCUGGCGAGAUCUGGGCAGUGCAACCCCGUGGCCCCUCUGGACACCCCAGCAAAUGCUGAGCUGGACCUGACGGCACCAUCCCUCAUCCAGCCCCUGGGGGUGGUCCCCCUCAUCCCUAGCCCGCUGUCACCCGCAGUGCCAGUGAUCCUACCUCAGGCCCCUUCGGGCCCGUCCUAUGCCAUCUACCUGCAGCCUGCCCAAGCCCAGACCGUGACGCCACCCCAAGGCCUGAGCCCCACAGUCUGCCCCACCCCCUCUUGUAAAGCUACAAGAUCAAAAGAAGCUGCAGAUGCCACCACCGAGAAGGCAGCCAGUGAUGCCAAGUCCAGUGCCUCCACGAGGCCCGGGACCUUGCUGCCAGUGCCCGAGAGACCAGGUGCCACAAACCGAGACAAGGAGCCUGCUGGAGAAAGAGGCUCAAAGAGGACAAGCCUGCUCGAGGACAGUGGUUCCAAAAAGAAAUUUAAAGAGGACCUAAAAGGACUUGAAAAUGUCUCCACAACCCUGUUCCCAUCAGGAUACCUAAUCCCUCUCACCCAGUGCUCAUCCCUGGGGGCAGAGUCCAUUCUCUCUAGUAAAGAAAACUCAAGUACGCUUUCCCCAAACCACAGGAUCUAUGGCUCCCCAAUCACAGGUGUUAUUCCGGUGACAUCAUCCGAACUCACUGCUGUUAAUUUUCCCUCUUUCCAUGUAACACCUUUGAAGCUAAUGGUCUCACCAACUUCCGUGGCAGCUGUCCCUGUCGGGAACAGCUCGGCUCUCACUUCGAGCCACCCCGUUCCCGUCCAGAACCCGAGCUCAGCCAUUGUAAACUUCACUCUGCAGCACUUGGGACUCCUCUCUCCCAGUGUGCAGGUAUCCACCAGCCCGGGAGCUGUUCCCGUGUCUCCAAGAAUAGAGGCUGUUAGUGUCGUACCAGACAAUGCAGGCACUCAGCAAGGAAAGGCCACCAGGUACGACUCUCCAGUCCCAGGCCACAACCAACCGAAUGGACAAUCAGUUGCUGUGACGGGGACACAACAGCCUGUUCCUGUGACACCCAAAGGGUCACAGUCAGUGGCCGAAAGUUUCUUCCGGACCCCAGGCGGACCAGUGAAGCCGACAGGCCCGUCCUACGGGGAUUUCGAUGGUGCUAAUAAAACCUCCGUAGGAACCCUCUUUGUCCCACAACGAAAACUGGAAGUCUCAACAGAGGAUGUCCAUUAAUUGACAGAUUGGGCUCUGUUUAAUUUUCUAAAGAGUUGUUUAAUAGAGAAGAUGUGAUCAGACUGAUUUGGAGAACACAUUCUCCGAAAAUACUGUAAAUAUGUUGGGGGUUUACUUAAUUUCAAAGCAGACACUUGUUUUCCUACUUGUACUCACACACACACACACACACACACACACACACAAAUAUAUAUUUUUGUACUAAGCUAAUUUCAGCCAUCAGUCCCACCAGGUAAAAGCAAAAUGUUGAACUAAGGUGUAUUAACUUCCGGAGGAAAGGAUUCAUCUUCUCAGCUGUGCCGAUACUAUUAUGCAAUGUAACCGUAUUCAAGUUUACUUCCCUCUGAGUGACUAUGUGACAUGCGCAAUGCAGCAUUCUCGUCACCUUUGCACAUGAAAACGCUGUGAUGUAUAACGUUGUAUUUUUAAAUGGGAGGGCUAUAGCUAUAUUUUUUGUAAUUCCUUUAAUCUGUUCUUGUUGCCAUGUGUCCUUUUGUAAAGUUUGCAACAAUCCUCAAUCAAGUCUAUGGAAAAAUUAUUUAUAAAGUGUAUUUUUAAUCAUAAAUUGUUCAAAUUAAAACUUUUCUAAAACGUAUUUCACAUUUUCAUUU